CGAUUGCACCGAGUGUCAUGCGUGCGUGUGUGUGUGCGUGCGUGUUAGUGUGUCGUAUGAGUUGUGGCGACCAGGCGAAAAUAAAAAUAAAUAGAUAAAUGCACAUUGCGACCGACGCGGCCCGUGUGUGCAGAUGCCAGAUGGUGCAGUUGCAUGACCCCAGCGGAUGACCCCAAAACCAACAGCGGCAGCAGCUCGUCGGAACAACAACAACAGCAACGACAACGAAACCAAGAGCAACAACAACGGCGAUCCGAUCGCUGCUCGCACACACACGCACACACAGGUAGCAAUCGGAACGUUAGUUGCCCCUGUAUAUUAAUUUCACCUCCUAUUUCCCCAAAUUCGUUUGGUUUUGUUUUUGUUUUGGACAGACAGACACGCACAUAGCACAUAACGGUAUAUAGCGCCCAGACAGGAAGUAGCGAAUAAUUGAAUAUUCCAGCGGCGUACAGCAGCGGUCACGCGGAGAGUUGCACCCUGCUGGUGUGUGCUGGACAUCAGAACCAUGGCCACAGGCGGCGGCGGCGGCGGCCUGGGAGGAGGAGCAACCGGAUCCGCCGGAAAUGCUGACCACCACAAGCGCAACACCUUCACCAGCUAUGUGGCACCGCUGCCGGGUGAUCUGCGCGCCACCGCGGACACGAAUGAAUGGUGCCUGCCCAGCGAUUUGCGGGACGUCCAUUUGGGUAAACCGCGCCUGCUGCAGGGCGAGCAAAUUGUGGCCUCCGCACCGGCCUACAUGUACUCCCCCAUCGAUCCCAUGGACAGCAGCGGGAGUGGGAGUGUGAGUGGGAGCGGCUCCUCCACAUCGCUGUCAUCCGACUCGCAUAAGGAGGCCAUCUUUGGCCUGCUUAGCGUCACUAAUUUCAAGCUGGCCUUUGUACCACUGCACUCGAAGCGUAAUCCUGUUGCAACCGCUGCACCACUGAUCGAUCUCUACCAGGAGAACGCCUAUUUGGGCCGCAACGAGAUCACGCUGAAUAACAUCGAUCAUAUCUACACCAUCGCCGAGCUGGGCAGGGCGGCCAGUGCGCUGCAGGCGGCGCGUGGCAUUGCCAGCCAUGGGAUCAGCCGGCGCAAGAAACUGGAGCCCUUCAAGCAGCACAACAUCAGCGGGAGAAUCGCCGCCCUACACAUUGUGUGCAAGAACUUUCGUCUGUUGAAAUUCGCCUUCCAGCAGCAGGAUUCGAAGAUAUUCGGAUCCAGUGAUCAGGGCAAACUGAUUGCCUCGGCACUGGUGCGAUUUGCCUAUCCCAUGCGGCACGAUCUGAGCUUCGCCUAUGCGCACAGGGAGCCGUACUAUUCCACGUUGGGUGCCUCCGGAACUAGCAUGUAUGCGACGAAGAACGAUUGGGCCAGGGAGCUGAUACGUUGCGGCGCCACCGAGUGGCAGGUGGUGAGCACUGCCAGUGUCCCGUUGCUGCAGAAUCCUCUCCAGGCGGGCAAGUACACUGUGCCGCCGCACUUCGUCAUACCGAAGAGCUGCAGCGUGGAUCGAUUCCUGGACUUGUCGCGUGCCUUUUGCGAUUCACGAGCUGCCUUCUGGGUGUAUAGCUAUGGCAGUAACGCCGCCCUGGUGAGAUUAGCUGAACUGCAGCCGGCUGCACAGCAGGACACCAAAUUGGAGAAUGUGAUGCUCGAGCUGGUGCGCAAGUGUGAUGCAGGGCGACAGCUCAAGCUGCUGCAGCUGACGGAUCGCCUGCCAAGCAUCCAGGAUGUGCUGAAGGCCUACCAGAAACUGAGGCGCCUGUGCACGCCGGAAACGCCGCAGAAGUUCAUGAUGCAAGAUGACAAGUACCUGUCGCUACUCGAAAAGACCAACUGGUUGUUCUAUGUGUCGUUGUGCCUACGCUUUGCCAGCGAAGCUGCUGCUACUCUUCGAAGCGGUGUGAGCUGUGUCCUCCAGGAAUCGAAUGGCCGUGAUUUAUGCUGCGUGGUCAGCAGUCUGGCGCAACUACUACUCGAUCCGCACUUUCGCACUAUCGAUGGCUUCCAGUCGCUGGUGCAGAAGGAGUGGGUGGCCCUGGAGCAUCCGUUCCAGCGGCGCCUGGGACACGUUUAUUCCGCCCAGCCGGCCGGCGGCAAUGCCGAGCUGCUGGAAAGCGAACAGAGCCCAGUGUUCCUGCUCUUCCUCGACUGCGUGUGGCAGCUGCUGCAGCAGUUCCCCGACGAGUUCGAGUUCACGCAGACGUACCUAACAACGCUGUGGGACUCGUGCUUUAUGCCCAUCUUCGAUACCUUCCAGUUUGACACGCAGGCGCAGCGUCUGAAGGCGGUGCGUGACUCGCAGCUCGUUCUUCGUCCCGUUUGGGAUUGGGGCGAGCAGUUCUCCGACAAGGACAAGAUGUUCUUCAGCAAUCCGCUGUACCAGCGUCAAAAGGGAGAUCUUGGCGCCCAGGCGGCGGCGGCGGCUCAUCGGAGAUCUCUCGCGGUGGGAAGUAGGGCGGCACAUGGUACUGCAACUGGAUCAACGCCCUCCCGCAACACCAUGAAUCCGCAGCUAUUUUCAACGGCUUCCUCAGUGCCGCAGGAUCGUUUCCUGCAGCCGGCUCACCGGAUCGUCGACCUGCAAGUGUGGGAUCAGUGCUACUACCGUUGGCUGCCCAUUCUAGACAUUCGCGGUGGUGGCCAGCCGCAGGUGGAUCUCUUCCAUCGCCUGCUGCUGAGCAAUAUCGCGAAGGUACAACGCUGCCUGGAGUUCCAGAACUUCGAUGAUCUGCCGGAUGCUUAUUACGAGGCUACCGGCGAAUCGCGACCCAAUCAGCAAAAGGACGAGAGGCCGGUUAAGGAAGAUGAGGCUGAGUUCGUGGACGGCGUCGAGCGGCGCAGGAAGACGACGGCGAAGGCGGCCACGCCCACCAACGGACUCACAUCUAUGAGCGGGAAUUUGCAGCUAUCGACGCUAUCGUCGUUUUUUCCCUUCGGCAAUCCCAUCGCCGGCGACGCACCGCAUCAACUAUACGAUAUUCUGAGCAGCAGCAGCGAACUCCUGAUGGAGACCUCGUCCUUCCUCGACAAGUCCUCCAUUGUCUGAUCCACACACACUUGUUUACUUUCUAUGCUGAACUUUCAAAGUAUUACAAAAGAAAAAGAAACAUUCAAAACACAAGAAGCAAACUCCCUUUCACAUACACAUGGCAUAUCGCUUUUAACACUUUUGAUUAUUGUUAACUAAUAAGCAAGUUAUGGUAUAAGUUUUUUUUAUUUCGUUUUACUACCAUUAAAC